UAGAAGCAUAUCUUCUUCUUCUUCUUCUUCUUCUUCUUCUUCUUCUUCUUCUUCUUCUUCUUCAUAUUCUCUGUUUCUCUCUCUAUCUCUUAAAUCAAGAUACCCACCAUGCCCGAGGCACCAAAGAACGUAGCUUUCGAGGUCACGGACCAGAUCCUCGCCGAGAAGAACAAGAAGAAGCUGCAGUUCAUCGAGGACGUGACCGCAAACGCAGACGCGGUUCAGAGACGCGUUCUAGAGGAGAUCCUGACCCGCAAUGCUGACGUGGAGUACCUCAAACGCCACGGCCUCGGCGGUCGCACCGACCGCGGCAGCUUUAAGAGACUCAUGCCAGUCAUAACCUACGAGGAUAUUCAGACAGACAUCAACAGGAUCGCUAAUGGCGAUACGUCCCCCAUCCUCUCUUCCAAACCCGUCUCUGAGUUCCUCACAAGCUCGGGGACAUCAGGUGGGGAGAGGAAGCUGAUGCCGACAAUCGAAGAGGAACUCGACAGGAGAUCACUUCUCUACAGCCUCUUGAUGCCAGUGAUGAGCCAGUUCGUGCCUGGUCUCGACGAGGGCAAAGGAAUGUACUUCCUGUUCAUCAAAUCCGAGUCCAAAACUCCAUCUGGUCUCCUCGCUCGUCCUGUCCUGACCAGUUACUACAAAUCCUCCCACUUCAAAGAACGACCCUUUGACCCUUACACCAACUACACCAGCCCCAACGAGACCAUCCUUUGCCCUGACUCUUACCAGAGCAUGUACUCUCAGAUGCUCUGCGGUCUGUGCCAACACAACGAGGUUCUUCGCGUGGGAGCUGUUUUCGCCUCUGGUUUCAUCAGGGCAAUCAAGUUUCUCGAGAAACACUGGCCUGAGCUGGCUCGUGACAUUAGAACUGGAACGGUCAGUGCCCAGAUAACCGAUCCUUCGGUCCGUGAGGCGGUCGGGAAGAUCCUUAAACCCAACCCGAAACUGGCCGAUUUCGUAGAGGAUGAAUGUGGGAAGGAGUCUUGGCAAGGGAUCAUCACCAGGCUGUGGCCCAACACUAAGUAUGUGGAUGUGAUUGUGACCGGGACAAUGUCACAGUACAUUCCCACGCUGGAUUACUACAGCAAUGGCUUGCCUCUUGUCUGCACGAUGUAUGCUUCUUCCGAGUGUUACUUUGGAGUGAACCUUCGGCCGCUCUGCAAACCGAGCGAGGUCUCUUACACGCUCAUCCCGACCAUGGCUUACUUCGAGUUCUUGCCGGUUCAUAAGAACAAUGGGGUCACCAACUCCAUCAAUGUGCCCAAAUCACUCACCGAGAAGGAGCAAAAGGAGCUUGCUGAUCUUGUUGAUGUCAAGCUUGGGCAUGAAUAUGAGCUUGUUGUCACUACCUACGCUGGUCUUUACAGGUACAGAGUGGGCGAUGUUCUGAGAGUGACGGGCUUCAAGAACAAUGCACCACAAUUCAGCUUCAUAUGCCGGAAAAACGUGGUGCUGAGCAUAGAUUCAGACAAGACAGACGAGGUCGAACUCCAAAACGCGGUGAAAAACGCGGUGACACACCUCGUCCCGUUCGAUGCCACUCUAUCCGAGUACACAAGCUAUGCGGACACGACAACAAGUGUACCGGGCCACUAUGUCUUGUUCUGGGAGCUAACCCUAAAGGGCAAAACACCAAUCCCUCCGUCUGUAUUCGAGGACUGCUGCUUAACCAUUGAAGAGUCACUGAACAGUGUGUACAGACAGGGCAGGGUCAGUGACAGGUCCAUUGGUCCGCUCGAGAUCAAGAUUGUGGAGCAGGGGACUUUCGACAAGCUGAUGGAUUACGCGAUAAGUUUAGGAGCAUCGAUCAAUCAGUACAAGACGCCGAGGUGCGUGAAAUUUGCUCCGAUCGUCGAGCUGUUGAACUCUAGGGUUGUUUCGUGUUACUUCAGCCCCAAGUCACCCAAAUGGGCACCCGGUUACAAGCAAUGGGGGCAGUGACUAGAAACAGAGAGAAGAGGCAGGUGAAGAGACUCUUUCUGAUGUAGAAGGUUUAAUGUGAUGAUGAUGAUGUCUGUAAUGUAUCACUCUAAUCUUGACUUUGAUAUUGUGUUUUGACUGUUCAUGUACAAAGACAGUUCCUGUUUUCUUGGGUUUUCUAAUUUUCAUUCCUUUUUUUUGGUAUUGAUUUCUGAUUUUAAUCAGAUAAUGUGUCAGUUCAUCUUCUC